CUGUGCCGGUACGGAGGGCGGAUGGAGCUGUGGGAAGCACUUCCGGUCCACUGGAUGGUGUAAACACGGGUAACUGAAACGUUAGCUGUUGAGUUGUACAGUUUAGGUGCUUUAAAGGAUGGAGCUAAGGCUCUCAAAUAGUUCUUAUAGUUGCUUCUUGUGGCUAUACAGCUUUGCGUUAUGCGCAAUCAUAGGUCUGCAUCCAGUUGCUUCUAUAGAAGUUUACACUCCCGCUGAGGUGUUUGUAGAAAAUGGAACUGCUGGAAUACUUAAAUGUACUUUCAAAUCAAAUCAAGUGAUCAGUAGCCAAGCAUCAGUUUCCUGGUCAUUCAUUCCAGAGAGCUCUUUGGAGUCUACUGGUGAAACUAUCUUCCACUAUGCUGGCGGGAAAGAAUUCCCAGACAGCGCUCAGUUUAAGAGCAGAGUUGAGUGGGCAGGGGACCUGAACAAAAAGGACGGCUCCAUUCGCAUCAGUAAGAUGCAUUUCAACGACAAUGGCACUUACGCAUGCGAUGUGAAGAACCCUCCUGACAUAGCAGGCAAACCUUCAUUGACUAAGCUCCGAGUUGUGAAGAAAGAGUCCCUGCCUCAGACGAGCCCAGCAGUGAUUGUGGGUGCAGUCAUCGGUGCAAUCAUCGGCGUCAUCAUCAUCGCUGUAGUCGCAUAUCUGUUAAUAAGAGUAAUGCGGUCCACCCGUGACUAUGAAGGCUGCACUUCCAUAGAGAGUGUGAGCACACAGGCGGCUCGGCCGGGGAAGAAAGCUGAGUCCAGCACAGAUGGCUCACGCUCUAGCAGUCCUUCAGCUCCAGUACAGGGCCCGGUGAUAUAUGCUCAGCUCGAUCACUCUGGCAGCAAGAACUCUUUCCACAAGAUGGAGCCUGUGGUGUACGCUGACAUCCGUAAGAACUAGAAAGAGAGCAAGAGAACACAGAGUGGUGCUCACGCUUCCAGCAACACUCCAUUUUGAAUUUUUUUUUUUUAUUUUUUUAACUCAAAUAAACAAUGAAACUCUUGCAUGUUAAUUAUGUCACGUAUACUGAAAGGCUUCAAAGCACCAUAACAUGAUGUUUUUACUGAUUAGUAUGUUGAAUCUGUGCAUGAUGUGUAUUAGACUGUCCUGUUGUAUCAGAUCUCUCUCAGAAGUGAGGUUCAUCGUGCUUGAUCUCACUGAAGAAAUGCCAUAUAGACAUUGUUUAAUAUAUAUGUUAUGAAUUGCUGACUGUCAGAUAAGUGACGCCAUUUUGAUGCACCCCAUUGUCUUACUGAUUUAAAUAGAUGAAAACUAGAAACCACUACAAACAAACAUGACCAGAUGAGCUGUUGAUGUUACAGACCAAAUUCUAACUAAUUGUACAGGUCUGGGUGCUUAGUUUAAAAGUUGUCUUUUUUUUUUUGUUUGUUUGAUUGUUUGUUGUUUUUUAGAGAAUUUUUUAAGUGUUUUUUCCACUUAUUUUUAAGUAACACUAACACUUACAACCAAGUUUUCAUAGACACAGUUUCUCCUUAGUCCAAGCAUUUAAACUGAAUUCAGUGAAGAAAUUCUGCAAUGUUAUCCAAGACCAGGCUUAAUAUAUGUCUUGAAAAAUGAUCAUGGAACCAAAUUGUUUUUUUUGUUUUUUUUUUUAACAGUCUUACUGUACUACAAACAUUCUUUUUUUAUAUAUAUAUUUUUUAUUUAUACUUUCAAGGUCAUUGCCAUCCUCUUGUAAGCAGAUGUUCUUCCAUAUGCUACAUUGCAGGUACAGCUGUGUAAGCAGCAGUGCAGUCGGUAGGAUGUGUUUGUCUGCUUAGCUGUAGCCUUUUUCUGUAAAUGCUCAUCUCUGUUAUAUUAGCGGUUAGCGCGGUAGAUAGGUCGUUGUUGGUGAUCAUGUUCCAUUUGAUGUAUUCCGUGUCGAUCUGCUCAGUACACGACGUUGCUGCCUCUGUUUUGUGACAUGCCAAAACAGUUUGAUUUUGGGAAUAGUGUUAGACAUUCCUCUGUUUUUACUUCCCCUCUGUAAGUCUUAAUUGUUUAUCUCUGUGCACAUUAUGAGGUGACAUCGUAGCUUCGUUUAUUUUAUGGUUUGUUUAAGCGGGGGAAAAAACAUACCAUUUACUAUACUGUUCUGUAGAGUUAUCAUAACAAAUACCAUGACAUUCCUGACAGUUAAUAUGAUGCUGGACCUUUGUCAUGCAGCCUUGUGUGUUGAAAUAGCAUAUAUAUAGAUUAUUGCUUUUAUUUCAGAGAAAAAAGAUGUCUGUCGUUGAGAAUUAAAACUUAAAGAUGUAAGAAACAAUUAGGAAUAGGCUCUCGAGUGCAGGUUACACCAACGUUGCACCGUUCAAAUGUGACUGAUUUUCCGAGCCUUUAUGUUUUGUUAAAAAUUACGCGUUGAUCUCUGCAGCAUGUUUUGACUUCUAGCACUAUUGUCCUUACGUCUUCUGUGUGAUAAUGCAGAUUAAUGAUGUUAAUGACGUGUUAAUAAUGUGACCAUUCUUUGAGAACUGGAAUGUUGUGAAUCAUAGUGCCUUUAUCACAUUUCAUGUACUAACUCAGUUCCAUUCUGCGUCUUCUGUCACUAUUGUUUGUAUAUGAAACCCUCGCUAUCUGAUUUCUUUUUAUACAUAUAUAAAAAUAUAUAUGAAAAGUCAGAUGAA